CUGGUGUCAGUUUUUGAUUUUUGACCGACUGCUAUCGAUGACAAUUGAUUAGCUCCGCGUCUCAACAUUAAGAAAAUCCCGUUUUUAUGUACCCGCAAGACAUAACAGACCAAACCUCCACAAUGUCCAGUCAAACCUCAUCAGGACCAACAAGGGAAGACUACACGAUCGGCUGGCUAUGCACUCUGCCAAUAGAGUCAGCCGCUGCGGCUGAGAUGCUGGAUGAAGAGUACCCGCCACUUGCAGUUCUCCCAGGUGAUACCAACAGCUACGUGCUAGGGGGCAUCGGACAGCAUCGGGUUGUGAUGGCAUGCAUGGGCGGAACCGGCGGGAUGAUGGCGCAUUCAGUGGCAACGAAUUUGACAAAAAGUUUCCCUAACGUUCGGGAGAUUUUGAUGGUAGGGAUCGGCGCCGGCAUACCAAGUGAGGAAUAUGAUGUCCGCUUGGGCGACGUGGUUGUAAGCGAAGCCAAGGGCCGAUUCGCAGCCGUGGUGCAGUGUGACUUCGGAAAAGACGAAACAGACGGGUUUCAAGUGACAGGGGGGCUGAACCAGCCUUCCGAGAGUCUGGUCCGAGCGACGGGUGCUGUGAAGCGGAACAGACUCCGGAAUCGCAGCCAGAUCCACAGAUUGGUGCGCCAUUUCGAUGGAGAUGUGCUGGAUCCCGAGGGAUGGAGAUACCAGGGACGUGAAAACGACCCGCUCCAUGAGCUGGAUCAGGAGCCACGCAAGCCCAAGAAGUGUGCAGAGUGUGCCACCCGACAGGAAGAGUACAUGCCCGACCCAGAAGUGCAUUAUGGCGUUGUUGUCUCGGGGAACCACGCGAUCAAGAACUCGGGGGUGAGGGAUAGAGUUCGGGACGAGGUGGGUGCAUGCUGUAUUGAGACAGAGGCGUUUGGAAUUAUGAACCAAUUCCCAUGCCUGGUAAUUCGGGGCGUAUGCUCCUAUACCGACGAGAAUCAGAACCAUCGAUGGCAACAAUAUGCCGCGCUGACGGCAGCUGCAUAUGCGAAGGAGCUUUCCUUAGAGCUUCCGUUGACUGAACAGGCUCCGAAAGUUAGCGAGGAGAUCCACAACGUAACACGCCGUUUGGUCGAUAUUCAACUAGAGCUAAAGGAACUCAAGAGUCAACAAGAAGAAACAGCGACCCUGUUGAGAGCCUUUACAAGAGACACGGAAUUCGAGCGAGUUUUGCAAUGGUCAUCACCGCCUGAAGCAUCUAGCGAUACAAAACCAACAAAGAAAAACUCAUGUGAAGGAACUAACGCUUGGCUUUUGGAGGGCUAGGAAUGUAAAUCCUUGCUAUCAGGGCGUUUCGUCGAUUGUUGUAAUGUGCCAGUUGGAAAAUGUGGUUCUGCAAAGAUGCAAGCCUUUCAAAUUCAUGGCCCGAUUCAUCGUAAAAGAGGCGGGAACCAGGGAUCUAUAUGACAUGGAACUCUCCAAGAUCCGUGUGUUUUUCAAGUCCACGUUCGAGCCGACGACACGACGAAUCAACGUUAAAAGCAGAAUGGUUGCGAACAAUUUGACUUGAGGGCCUAUCAUAAUUUCCAAGCCAUAGCGAACUGC